UUGUGUUCCGGUGUAUCCAUGGAUACACAUAGUUCUGUGGAUUAGGUGAAUGGAUAAAACCUGCUGAAGCAGCGAAAACUUGAAAUGUGGCCGCUGGAUGCUGCUCGAUUGACUUAUCCAUGGAUAUUGGUAGUUUGUGUUUACCUGGGAUUUGUUCAUCCACAGCGAGCGCAGGAUGACCUUAACGGCCUCUUCCCUGUCGUGUUCAACCUCGCCACACGGGCUAAAAUAACCUCCAACGCCACAUGUGGCGAGAGCCGGUCUGAGGUGUUCUGUAAGCUGGUGGAGCACGUCCGGAUAUUUCCGGCAGAGAACCGGCACUGCGACAUCUGUGAUGCUAGGAGUGACAACCCCGCCCAGAGGCACCCCAUCACCCACGCCAUAGACGGGAGCAACAGGUGGUGGCAGAGCCCCACGCUGACCAAUGGACCGGAGUUUAAUCACGUGACCAUAACACUGGAUUUGGGACAGAUCUACCAAGUGGCCUACAUCAUCGUGAAGGCGGCCAACGCCCCCCGGCCGGGCAACUGGAUCCUGGAGCGCUCCCUGGACGGGGUCACCUACAAGCCCUGGCAGUACUUCGCCAUGACGGACAACGAGUGCCGGGAGGCGUACCGGAAACACCCCACCGUGGGGGUGCCGGAUUAUCUGGCCGACGACGAGGUCAUAUGCACCUCCAGGUACUCGGCACUGACGCCCCUGGAGAAUGGGGAGAUAUUUGUAUCACUAGUCAACGGCAGACCAGGUGUUUUUCAACCCAGCAAAAUUUUACUGGACUUCACUUCGGCCAGAUUUGUACAGCUUCGUUUCCAGAAGAUUCGAACUCUGAACGCUGACCUGAUGACCUUCAGCACUAGUGACCCUAAGUCAGCAGACGACACAGUCACGAGGAGGUAUUUCUACUCGGUCAAGGACAUCUCAAUUGGAGGACAAUGCAUCUGUUACGGCCAUGCCACCUACUGCAGACGACACGAGACGGUCAAAGAUCGCUUGCAGUGUCAAUGUUUACAUAACACCGGGGGAGACAACUGCGAAAAAUGUUUGCCUAUGUUUAACAACAAACCGUGGCAGGUUGGCGGAAUUCAAAAUAUUGGAUGCGAAGAAUGUAACUGCCAUGGUAAAGCUGACCAGUGUCAGUACAACGCCACAGUGGAUGCCUUGGGUCUGGGGAUGAACAUCAUGGGAGAACGGGAUGGAGGUGGAGUCUGCAUCAACUGCAAGGAAUACACGACUGGCAUCAACUGUGAGAGGUGUAUUGAGGGGUACUACAGGCCCCGGGGGAUGACACCAGACAUGAGAAACCCCUGCAGGAGGUGUAACUGUAGGGAGACCACCACGACGCAAGCUAGUUGUGUGCCAGAUGAUAGCAGGAUGGACGAGGGCUUGAAGCCAGGGGACUGUAUCUGCAAGGAGGGCUACUCUGGUUCAUCCUGCAGUGAAUGUGCUCUCGGUUACUAUGGUUACCCCAACUGCAGGCCAUGUCGCUGUAACAUAGCAGGGAUUGUUGAUGCUAGGGAUUGUGAGGGAGUCUGUGUUUGUAAGGAAAAUGUUGACGGAAGCCGAUGUGAUCGGUGCAAGCCAGAGUACUUUAACCUGGAUCAAAACAACGCUAAAGGCUGCAUCCACUGUUUUUGUUUUGGUGUCACCAACCAGUGCGACAGUGUGGACUGGGGGCUGACUACUGUCAAUGAAGUAGAUGGCUGGGUGCUAUCAACACUGGACGCCAAUGGAUUGACCAUUCUCCCCAAUUAUAAUGAUGACUGGCUGGAGGCAAAGAUUUCUUACCAGAAGUCCCAGGAGGAGAUUCAUUACUGGGUGGCUCCUUCAGCUUACCUGGGGAACAGGAUCAGCUCAUAUGGUGGCAUGUUGAAGUUCAGCCUCAUGUUCAACUUGGAUAGAAAACUGCGUCGGGGAGAGUUCUUGGAAGAUCCCACCUUCAUUUUACAGGGCUACAACAAGACAAUUUGUUCAGAAAAGACAUUGGUGUUGGAGGACGUGGAACACAAGAUGAGCAUCCGUCUACAUGAGGACAACUGGCGCCACCUACACAACAACCGUCCAGUCUCGCGGGAGGAAUUCAUGACUGUGUUGUACGACCUGCAACGUCUGUUGAUACGAGCAACAUUCCACACAACUCAAGACACUGUCUACUUAAAAGAUGUGAUUUUGGAUGUGGCCAGCCCAACUGUGAUGGAUGGAAGUUCUUUGAAGUCUGUAGAGCAGUGCCAGUGUCCAGAAGGCUAUGCUGGUCUGUCAUGUGAGAGCUGCAAACCUGGAUGGCGCAGGGUCAAUGACAGGUUGAUUGGUGGCACCUGCCGUAAGUGUGAGUGCCAUAACCACGCCUCAGACUGUGAUUCAGUUACAGGCUUCUGUAAAAACUGUCGACACAAUACUAAGGGGAGAUACUGUGAAGAGUGCCUUCCUGGUUUCUAUGGCAACCCACUAGCAGGAACACCAGACGACUGCAGACCCUGUGCCUGCCCACUGAUCAGUGGAAACAAUUUUUUUGCCGAGCGCUGCGUGGCCCGCCCCACGGCUGAGGACAUGACUGCGUACGUCUGCAUCAACUGUAGGACUGGCUACACAGGGGAUAGAUGCCACAUGUGCUCGCCUGGGUACUUUGGGGACCCCACCACCCCAGGUGGAUCGUGUCGGCGCUGCAGCUGUGGGCCAGUUACUGAACUUACCCACCCCAACAUCUGCAACAACAUGACGGGCACAUGCAACUUCUGCAGCAACAACGCAGAAGGUCCCUACUGUGACAGAUGCAAGCCUGGGUUUUACGGCACUGCCCUCAAUGGGGACUGCAAACCUUGUGAAUGCUAUGAAAGGGGCUCCAACAACCUGCAGUGCAACAUCAGAACUGGCCAGUGUUCUUGUAGAAGCCGCUUCACUGGCCUCAAGUGUGACAAGUGCCAACUGGGCUAUGGCAACAUUGAGAGGGGCUGUGAGAGAUGCAACUGUGACCGGAGGGGAUCACAAACUUUGGACUGUGACCAGGUCACCGGUCAGUGUGAGUGCAAGUCAGGCAUCGAAGGACUGUCUUGUAAUCAGUGCCAGAAAGGAUUCUAUGAUUUCACCGUAACGGGCUGUAAACGCUGCAACUGUUACGCUGUUGGCACCAACGACUCUGUAGACUGUGACCCCUACUCUGGCAGGUGCAUCUGUAAGCCUGGGGUUGAGGGGAGUAAAUGUGACAAGUGCCAGGAUGGUCACUUUGGCCUGACUAGUGGACAAGGCUGUUCUCCCUGUAUGUGCAGUGCUGCUGGCUCAAGGGAUGCCCAGUGUGCACAGGAGAGUGGUCAGUGCGAGUGUAAAGCAGGUGUUGGUGGACUCAAGUGUGACAGGUGUCUUCCUGGGUAUUUUGGCUUCUCCGCCAGUGGUUGUAAGGUUUGUGAACCAUGCACUGCUAAAGGGCAUAUCUGUGAUCCAGUUACCGGAAAAUGUGUUUGUCCACCAAACACAGAAGGCCCGAACUGUGAAAUCUGCAUCACCAAUGGCUGGGGGUUUGAUGAGGAGGGAGGCUGUAAGCUGUGUCAAUGCAGUCCAACUGGAUCAAGGUCACAACAAUGUGACAAAAAAACUGGCAAGUGCAGUUGCCAGGAGGGCUAUGCUGGUUUGAAAUGUGACUCUUGUAGUGUUGGUUACCACGGUUACCCUGACUGCAGGGCUUGUGGGUGUCUUCAGGCAGGUGUCAUUGAUGACACGUGUGAGGAUAGUGUAUGCGAAUGUGAUGGAACUGGACAGUGUCUUUGUAAGGAGAAUGUUGAGGGACCAAGGUGUGAUGUGUGUCGUGCAGGGACAUUUGGCCUUUCUAAAGAGAACCCAAAAGGUUGCACUGAGUGUUACUGUUUCCUUCGAGGCGAGUCCUGCAAACAGGCCCCCUAUGUCUACACUGAGAUUGAGCUGCCCACAAUGAGUGCUACAUUCAGCAGUGCUGGUCAUCCGCUGGUCAGGAAGUUUGGCUACCUCAUCAUAAACUCCAGCCAUACAGCAGUGCCUGAUGAUUUAGCUGAGCAGUCUCUGUACUGGCUGCUGCCAGACACAGUGUCUAAAGACAUGGUCCUAUCCUACAAUGGCAAGCUGAGCUUCUACCACUACUUCAGUGGCUCCAUGCUGAGUGCUCAUCUAUUGGAGGAGACCCCACUGGUUGUCCUGAUAGGCAAUGGCUUUGAACUGCACGCAACGCCAUCCAUAUUAGAGCCCAAACAUGCUAUGAAGGUUGAUGUCACUUUGAAUGAGGAAUUCUGGAACCUCCCGGGUAUGGAGACCCCUGUUAGUCGAAGAGUUCUGAUGGUUGUUCUACAAAAUGUUACAGCUAUUUUAGUCAAGGCUGCACAGAAUGGCCAUACCACCAACGCUGAGAUUGACUCAGUGACCAUCCAGAAGGCAGUGCCGCAGAAACCUGGGGACAGGAGCACUGACCUGGCCUGGGGGGUGGAGCUGUGUGAAUGUUCAGACAGAUACAGCGGUGAAUCUUGUCAGAAACCAGGUGCUGGGUUCUAUGUCCCUGCCCACCCUGUACCAGACAUCAAUGUCACCAAACCUGAGACAGCCAUUGGUGAAAUCAAGAGGUGUCGCUGUCACCAACACAGCAACACCUGCGACCCUGAAACAGGCAGAUGUUAUAAUUGUCAACACAACACGACUGGGCACAUGUGUGAGAUCUGUGCUGAUGGAUUUUUUGGGACUGCCACUUCAGGGACACCAUCAGACUGUCAGCCAUGUACCUGCCCUCUAUCUGUUCCAUCCAACAACUUCAGCCCAACAUGUAUUGGUGGCAGAAAUGGGGUCAUGUGUACAGCUUGCCAGGAAGGCUAUUCUGGCCAACGCUGCCAAAGUUGCACCUCUGGGUAUUAUGGGAACCCACAACAAAUUGGUGACACCUGCAAACUCUGUCACUGUAACCCCGACGGCUCCACAGGAUUAGUCUGUGACCCAGUUAGUGGACAGUGUCCUUGUAUUGGUGGGAUUAGUGGACGGAAAUGUGAUGCUUGCACAGACCCGACGUUUGGCGUCCAGAAUGGAAAGUGUGUGUCUUGCUACACUGGAUGUACUGGCAUUUUGCUGGAUGACUUAAGAAAGAUGACCUUGCCACUGGUUAACAUAAAUGUCUCAGGCGCCAUCUACCCCUGGGAGAAGUUGACCAAAUUAGAUAAUGAAGUUGACAGACUAAGGGAGAAAUUAAGUUUAGCUGAGGCUGCAGGGAUUAAAGAGCUGGACAGCAUGAAAGAAAGUGCUGACCGCUACAACCUCUUGGCAGAUAACCUGCUGACCAGGAGCACUUACACAACUCAGACAGAGGUAAACACCACUGGAGCUGAAGUUCACAAAGUGAAAGAUCAGUCACAACAGCUGCGGAAAAAUGCUUCUGACAUGGAGGCAGUAGUCAUGAAAACAUAUGCAGAUAUUCAGAGGCUAGUUGAUGAACUGCAGGGACUGGUUGAAAGGGUUUUGGUCAAUAAAACUGGGAUCAACAUGACCUCAGCUCUGAACAGUGCCAGGAAAAUUCUGAAUGAGAUUCAGGGCAGGAAUUUCACACCUGCUAGCGAUGCUACCCAGAGGGAAAAUAGAUUGGCUGAAGAGUUGUCCAAUCGGAUUAAAGAGAUCCAAAAAAAUACAACCAAUGAUGUCUCAAUCAUAGAGUAUGUGCUUUCUGAUCUAAGAAAGCGGUUGGAGGACUUGCUGGACCAGUCAAAACUGGCAGAAGAUACUUCAGUUCUGGCUAUGGAGAGGAUUGAAAUACUCAAGAGGCUUCUGAAAGAUUUGAAAAAAUUGAUGGAUCAGAUAAAAAAGUUGGAAGAGGAGUCACUCUCUUCACUGAGCAAAGCCCAGGAACUUUUAGACAAAGCAGAAACCAACCUUGUUACUUCCACAGGUCAGAACAACAUGCUGGACACGUGGCUGGAGAUGCUGGCAGCAAAUGUCAGCAAACUGGCCAGUCCACUGCAGAAGCUGAACAUUCUGGUCAGGGAGGUGUAUGCCCAUGUUGACAACUUGAAGCUUCUGGCCAAGGAGAUCAAGGACCUGUUUGCCAAAACCAAAGGCCAUGCGGAGAAUGCUGUCAAAGCAUCCAGUGCAUAUAAGGACAUUGUGGAUGCUAUCCAGCAAGCCAGGAAAAGUGCGCUGGAUGCACUCAGGGAUGCAACAGAGUCCAGGGACAUUGCGGAUGUGGAUAGGUUGAAGAGAGAAGUGAACAGGCUGAUUGCUAAAAGUAGGGAACAACUGGACACAUCAAACAGCCUGCUCAACAACUCCACAGUCUUAAACAACAAGCUGUCAGACAUUCAGUCAGAACUUGAUGACGCCGUCGUAAAGCAUCAGGACAACCUGGCAGACUGGAAUGAGGUGGACAGGAAGCUCAAACAGUUGCCCAAAGAUAUCAAGCAAAAUAUAAAUGCUGUGGCUGAGGAGACAGCCACUGCCAAUCAAACAACCACUGCUGCUCUCAACAUUUACAAUAAACUGAAGGAUGCUGUCGACGCCAUGAAGAAUAGAACGUCAGGUGGCAAGCCUGACCUUUCUGAUGUGGACACUGAGCUGGCAAGAGCUUUGGAGGCAGAAAAAGAAAUUUAUGAACUGCAUAAACUCAAGCAAGAUACAGAUAACAGGCUCAAUGCCCUGAGCAAAAACUUGUCUGAUGUCACAGUGGAUUUAAAAAAUCUGACAGAGAAGAUCCGAGAUGCUAGAAGCCGUGUGAAUGAAAUGAAGUUGUCUCUGCUUGCGGACGGUCAGUGCUACCGGACAUAUCGGUCUCCUCUGACACCUAGCUCCACCAAUGAGAUCAAAUUUGCCUUCAAGCUGAGUUCUCCCCCCACAGACAACAUGUUGCUGCUACUGCUGCAGCAAUCACCUCAGGAUGGAGGAAAGGAGUUCCUUGCUGCAGAAAUUCGAGAUCAAAAAGUUCGGUUCACCUGGAAUUCUGGGAAAGGUCAAAAGCAUGUGAUACACGAUCAGCAGCUGGAAGUUGAGAAGUGGUACCAGGUGCAGGCUAAAAGGAUUGGAUCCAUUGGUCAGCUGAAAGUCUGGAGCAUGGAAGACAGCACAGAGCAAAGCACAGAGACCAAAGAAGCCAACGUUGGCGUGGGAUGCUCUCUCAUGAACCUCAACGACAAGGCUCUUGUGGCUCUGGCUGGAACUGACAGAUUAACACAGACACCAGAGGGGAUAACCCAGAAGAAUUUUGUGGGGUGUAUGGGAGAGGUUUUUGUGGACUACAACAGGAUUGGUGUGUACAAUUUUAAGACAGAUGUGGAGAACCACUGCUCAGCCUGUACUGAAGUACCACUGCUACGCAUCCGCUCCAGUAAAUUAUAUGUUUUUGAAGGGAGAGGUUUUGCCCAAUUUCCUGUCAAAUACUAUUCCUCCAAAAAAACAAAGAUUGAAAUGCACUUCAAGACUUUCUGGGAAAACUCUAGAAUUUUCUUUAUAGGGAACGAAGCUCAGGGUGACUUCCUGUCCAUGGAGUUGAAGGACGGUCAGGUCGCAGUUCACUUUGACAUGGGGGGAAGCUCUGUUGGGUUCGCUAGGACAAACAAGACGUACAACAACAACCAAUGGACCACCAUCAUAUUUCAACGCAAUCUAAAUAAAGCUGUUCUGAAGGUGAAUGAUGAGAGCAUCUCUAUAACAUCUUCCGGAACAUCCACUGGUCUUGACCUCAAUGGAGCAACCAUGUUUUUUGGUGGUAUACCCAGGGAGCUAGUGGUGGACAAGUUCAAGGGACUCAAUGCCUCUGACUUUUUCUACGGCUGCAUGAGGGACAUCAUCUUUGAUACCAGCCCACCUGAAGAGGUGGGGAGUGUCCUCAACAACGUCCAGACCAGCUCAGGUUGUAGAGAAAAUGGCAUUCACUCUGUAGAUUUCAGGGGCGAUGGUUAUCUGCUCUUGCGAAGUGAGCACAUUGAAUUUGCAGCUGUCACCAAUGAUGUGUCACUGACAUUUGUCACAAAGAAAGAAGAUGGUGUCAUCCUAGUAGCCAGAGAUAUUCCCUCAGAUGUGAGUCCAGAGAAAAUAAAUAAUUUUUAUUCCUUGUCAAUUGUUGGGGGACAACUUGAGGCCAGAUUCCAGAAUUCCAACUCGCAGAAAGUUGUGCUAAAAUCUACAGAUAAGUUCAACGAUGGGGAGAUGCACUGUGUCUCAUUAAUUAAAUCUUCCAAUCAAGAGGUGGAGCUGGUAGUUGAUGAUGUUGCUGUGGACAAAAAGACAGCGGUCAGCAUUGGCUUCAAUAACAGUGGAGAUUUAUACCUGGGAGGCUCUCCGACAGAUAUCCUCUCUAUGGGGGUUGUGCCUACGGAUGCCAAGCUGGAUGGUUGUGUCAGUGAUGUCAUUGCCAAUGGGGUCCUGUUGUCCAUGGCUGACGCCAGCCAGUACAAGCGAGCAGACGUGGGCAGGUGUCGGUUCACAGGUGUGCCCAACACCCCCACCCUGCUGCCUGUAGCAGACGAACCAGUCACCUGUGCCAAGGACACGGUGCCCAUCAUCGAGGACGACGCCAACUCUGUGGCCAACGCUGCUUCGUUUUUUGCCGAGAUCACCAAGCUGGACCCUCGUCUGUUGAGCAACCAAUUUACAUUUGCCUAUGAUUUUCGCACAUUUUAUCCCAACGGCUUGUUUGGUUAUCUGACCAAUGAGGACAAAGAUUUUUACCUGGGUGUCCAGUUACGGGAGGGUAAACUAGAAGUGGCUUACAUACACCAAGGUCAGCGCAAGACCUUGACCUUUGAGGAGUUUAUCAAUGAUGGAAAAUGGCACUCAGUCAAUGUUGUGAAAUCUGGCACAAGUAUCACAGUAGGCUACGACAAAGUCCCAGAAAAAAUUGGACCAAUUGAUGGAGUGCUGAACAUCGCACUGCCACUCCACCUAGGUGGGCCGGCCAAAAAAGAGGAAUUCACUGACAAUGAUAUACAGCUGGUGAGCCACAGUGUGAGGGGCUGCAUCAGGUCACUGAAGGUCAACAACAUCCCCAUCAACAUCACGGACACCCAGGUCAUCCAGGACGUGUCCAGCUGCUUCAGGAAUGUGGAGGCUGGCAUCUACUUCCCUGGUGAUGCCUGGGCCAUCUAUGCCACUGACUAUGUGAUUGAGGCCAACUUUGUCAUCAGCUUGGAGUUUAGAACAACCAGUCAAGAGGGACUUCUGGUAACCGUCUCAGAGAAGAAUGGCCGAGGGCUAACACUGGAGCUGAAUGAUGGCCAGUUACGUCUAGAGUUGAAGAACAACGUCAACACCUUCACAGCUGAGACAAGCAACAGGAAUGUGUACAAGUACUGCGACAAGAAGUGGCACACUGUCACAGCCAAGCUGCUCAAUGGGGACUUAACUCUCAAUGUAGAUGGUCGACCCAGUGCAGAGGCAAAGGUCCUGGGGUCUUCUGCUAUCAAAACUGGAAAUCUUUUAUUUAUUGGGGGAAUUAUGGUGGGAUUCGAACAGGCAACAAGCAAACACAACGAUUACUUCACUGGGUGUAUAAAGAAUCUAAACAUCAAUGGACAACAGGUGGACUGGUAUGCAUUGAUCGGCCAACAGAACCUCAGGAAGACUGCCUGCCCUAUAUCUUGAUAGACUAGUUAUAACAAUUAGUUUUUUAAAUGAUUGUAGCUAGGCUAGACCCAGUCGUUAUUUUGAUAGAUUUAUUAGAUGGCCUGAUGUAGGCCUAUAUCUUGAUAGACCCAGUCGUUAUUUUGAUAGAUUUAUUAGAUGGCCUGAUGUAGGCCUAUAUCUUGAUAGACCCAGUCAUUAUUUUGAUAGAUUUGUUAGAUGGUCUGAUGUAUAUCUCAAUAGACUAGUGUUUAAAAUUAGGUUUUUAAUUGAUCUUUUCCAGAUUUUUAGGUUUAUGUUUUUUAUUAUGUGGCAGAAAUUCUCUCUUAGCAAAUUCAUUCACAUUUACUGCAUACUGUUAAUGUUAAUUCUGUUAAUACUUACAUUUUGUGUUUUGUAAAAAUGAAUGACAGAGUAAAGUCCUCCAAAUAUAGACAACUGUGCCAACACUUACCUAUUUAAGAUUUGCUCAAUUGAUUACCCUGACAAAACCCAUGGUAAACAGCUGGUUAUCUGGACACCAGCUGUUUUAUUGGGGUAUGUUGGCAAGGUUAUCCAUCCCACUCUGAACUAUACAAAAGUUUUAGGAUAACAUUAACACUAAACUCAUAAGGUAGUUUAUUUUACUGUGUGGUUCUUGGAUUAUCUGGACUAAAAAGUUUAGGUGAUGAAGUGGAUUUAAAAGAAUUUUCUAGAAGUCUAAAUCAAUGUGUGUU